GAUUUCCCUGUUACUGGGAGCAUCCACACAGAGGCUUCACAAAAACCUGCCAGGAUACUGCAAGGAGGACUCCUACAACAUGAAGAACUUACCCAGGUUAUUGUUUGGAAGCAAUGAGUUUAAAACCUUUCACCUACCCAUUUCCGGAGACGAGGUUUCUUCAUGCAGGAUCCAAUGUGUAUAAAUUCAAAAUUAGAUAUGGCAACAACAUCAGAGGGGAAGAGGUAGAAAACAAGGAAGUCAUCGUCCAGGAGCUAGAGGAUUCUAUUCGUGUGGUCUUGGGAAACCUGGAUAAUCUGCAGCCGUUUGCUACAGAACACUUCAUUGUAUUUCCCUCACAUUUCCCAGAUAAAAGCAAAUGGGAGAGAGUGUCCCACCUGAAAUUCAAACAAGGAGAGAUUGUCUUGGUCCCUUAUCCAUUUGUUUUCACUCUGUACGUGGAGAUGAAAUGGCUUCAUGAAAACCUGUCAACUGGUAAACCAAUAAACAGCAGUCCUCCUGGGUUGGUCCCGGCAGAGAGGAAAGCAGCAGGAGCCAUGAUGAGGAAACGAAAACACGCAGAAGUGCCCAGCUCCCCAGCCAGGCCAGGGCUGGACAGGCCCAAGAAGGGGACUUCCAGCCAAGGGCUCAGCAAAAAGAAGGCCCCUAUGGAAACCAGGAGGAACAGAGAAAGAAAAACCCAGCAGGAAUGGCAGGAGACCCCAGCACUUGAUAUCACUGAUGUUCAGGACCAGGAUUCUAAGUGGGGAGACAGCCGAGCAGGGAAGAUUAUCCCACCAUUGCAGCAAAACGAUCCACCUCCUCCUGAAGGACGCACGGAGCUGGGAACCAGUGGCUUCUUUGGGUUUCUAAGCUCUCUCUUCCCGUUUCGGUAUUUCUUCAGGAGGAGCAGCCAGGGAGCCUCCUAAAUGCAGCGGUGGGAAGAGCGUUUCUCUUGCAGCGACUCUU